AUGACGCGCCGCAAAGAAUCGGAAAUCAUAGACGAUCUCCGUCAAACUGAGAGUGCCGUCAAGAGAAAGCUCACUAUUCGCCAAUUCACAAAAGCCUUACGACGUGAAGACCGCUUCCAGCAAGCAUGGGAUGCUACAGGAGGAGCUUCAGGACUGGCCCGUCUGAUGGCCGAGUUCAGCAUCCGAGACGUGCGUGAUACGUGCAAGCGUCUGGGCUCGACCGCUUCAGCUGAGAAGGCACAGCCCCAAAGACGCGCUGCUCUUGGAGAGUUGGUCACGAUACUCUACGAGGGACGAGAAGAUGACAGACCUCUGACCAGCUUCUACCAAGACAUAAUUCCAGCCUGCAGCCUUGAGCUGGUAAAGAAGUUUGAGAAGGAUAGGAAGAUUAAGUGGACGGCGCCACAGAACAAACGUCUCUUUCUAGGCCAUCGAGAGCAACACGAGGAUAAAUUCCUCACUGAGAUCUUCAGCAAGGACAAAGAUAUCAAGUUCUAUCAGCAUAGGAGACUCUUUCGCGGCAACAUCGCUUUUUGCGAGAGGAUAUUGACGACACUCCUCGCAAAAGAGGGCAAGGUUCAUGUCCCAUAUGAUUUGAUAGAUGAGGUGGCUAUGCCAGUUCUCAAGCGCCUCCUCAAGAGCAGAUACGACGACGAGAGGCGCAUCAAAUAUCUCAGCCUCGUACUCGAAUGUAUCCAAAAACACGGAGAGAUUUCCGGGCAGCUUGUUCUAAGACAAGGUGGCUUGCUUCAGUAUACUGUCGAUCGGUGGGCCAAGGCUGCCGAUGGUAGUGAAAGCAGGAGACAAUACCAAGCCCGUUUGGUACAGGUGAUCCAGCUAUUGCCGAGCGAGAAACCACCCAUCGACUUAGAGAGAAUACGUCAAACUUUGUGGGUUUCUUGGGAGUUAGAUAUCGAUGGCAGAUAUGAUUUAUUUCGCCUCUUCAUCCAGCAUCACACAAACUAUAAAAUCGACAUCGAGAGCGACUCGGACCAAGAUCUGGCUAGACUCAAGGAUCUUCCUGAAAGAGCCUGGCCUUCAGAUCUGUUCUUCAUCAUCAAUUACAAGAAGUCACUACAGCUUUUUGAGAAGCUAGAAAGCCUGUUUCCCAAGAACAACUUCCUCCAAGCUGCGAAUCAGACUGGAACAAUACUCAAUCAGUCGCAAGGGCAUAUCAAACACAGCGGUUUCGGAGACGUCGAAAUCGUAAGGGCGUUGCUGAUCCGCAAAUCGAACACACAAGAUGAGCACCAGGGAUGGCUUGAUCGUGCCAUUGGCCUCGUAAAUGAACGGAAAACGAACGCUCAACAGGCUCGCGAGGCUGUCGAGCGCGCAUACUGGGCUAGAGCUGCCUUGAAUCUCUGCGUCGCUAUUGGAGACCUACAGACUUUGAACGACACCAUUAUCUGGUCCCGGCGUUUCAUCAAGGACUCGCUCAUAAGCCACAGUUUAUUCAGUGUGAAAGUCUUCAAGACGAAGGAGAUUGAGGAAGUUCUGGGUGCCAUGCCAAAUGAACGUGUCAGCUCACCUGAAGCUAUUGCGUCAUUCACAUCAGCCUUGCGCAAGAAAGACAUCAAGAUUGCAAACCAGGUUCUCAUCAAUAUUGUUGAGACUGUAACGCUCGCAGUCGGAGAACCCGGAUUCAAGGCCCAGAAUUGGACCUGGCUAUUCAACCUUGUCAUGGCUGUAACAGGCCAACGUAUGAGCAGAUUGGAAAUGUUCUUCAAGAACCUUGCAAAAUGCUCAACGGCUGAUCGUGAAAAGUGCGAAAGGGACAUGAUGGAGAUCGUCUGGAAGCCGACAACGGAUUUGCUCAUUAAAGCCGGCGCUAUAGUUCGAAACCCGGCUUUGUCGACAGCACACGGCGGUUCGCUUUUCGACUCUCUUACCACUUCAUCGAAUCGCGAGUCUGUCAAGGGUAGCUACGUAUAUCGUUCACUUUCAAGGACAUCUCUGUCGCCUCCUUUACUUGCAGAGCUGGCACGCUUCCUUAUCGAUAGGACAAGGGAACGACUGGGAUCCGAAGCCAUAAGUGCGCAAAUGCACGAUAUCAUCUUCGUCAUUGAGCGUCUGGCUUCUAGCGACCAGCCUUCACUAGCAUGUCCCUUCAUUCGUGACUUGGUUCUGGACAGUGAAGGCGCCAAAGAAAACUCUUCUUGGCACCGUCAUCUUCUCAGCGUUGGCUUCCUUUCUGUGCUUCCAGCCAAGCCAGCAAAGGAAAUGUUACACACAAUGGCCAGUGCGAUAAAGGAGAAGAUGCGAGAACAAAAUCAGAACACGGAUGCUAAAGAACAGGCAGAAAGACCCAAGGAAACCACUGAAGAGGACGCAUCAGCAGGUUCCAAGCCCUCUCAGGGCCCAUCCAUCAAGGUUACUACCGUCAAGAUGCUCGUCCAGAUCUUGCAAUACAACUUGUUCAUGGAUCCGUAUUCAGCAUGUGAAAUCCUUGUUGGUCUCCUUGCGGAAGCACGACACAUCGAUAUCCGAAUCACCAUCACCAACAGUCUCUUUGCAAUCUUGGAGGAACCUACUUGCCCCCCAAGUCUACGGAAACGCAUCCUUGACGCACUUGGGGAUUAUAUUGUUCCAGCAACCGCACAGCUCAAUGAGAGACGCGGGCUGACUGAAGCUGAUUGGGUUGCUGCUUCAGCCCAGGAGGCUCCACUGCCUGAGAUUGGCGAUGAAACUCCCCUUCUCCAGCUCUUGAUCUUGAAGGUUAGGGGACAAAGUUUGAUCGAAGAAGACAAAACGAGGCUCGCAUCACUCGUUAUGGGUGCAGUUGAGAAAUCUGCUGACAACAACACGCGCUGGAUGAAACUCUUCUUGAGUAAAAACAACUUCUCUCUCGAGGAAGAGAUUCCCCAUCUCCCUGUUCACCUCACUACAGUAUCUGCUCUUUAUGGGCAACUCCAACCCUACACACCUGUAUCAGUCUUCCAAAUGGUUCGCUCCGCCGCACUCAUCAAUGUCGAUCCCAGCCCUGGCAUACAACAUAUCACAAAGGCCAUCCAGGAGGACCGGGAUCUCGUUAACUCAAAGGCAGGCAAGCAUUGGCUUUCGCAGUUUUCCAACCCCGGACGUGAUUCGUUCAAGUUUGGAAUCAUGCUGUCUGCGGCCAUGGUACAGCAGAGCGCUGCCGACCGAGAGUCCAAGCUGGCUGAAAAUGGAGUGUCUCUGCAGAUGCUUCAGUCGUUCGUGAUCGAGUACAUCGAGAGGCUGCUCAAGAUUGGACAAGCCGACAUGGUGAUGACGCUUGUCAUGAGGCUUAGUGGUGGACGGUUUAAGGAUCGACAGAACUGGAACGACUGGAUGGAAAACUCUGUGCCCGUUAUCAAAAAGAUGAUCUCCAAGACAGAGGAAGUUCAAGAAAGUAUCCGCAGUAAGGAAGCAGAGCCUCGUAGGCUGCCCAGUGUGUUUCAGCUGAAACUAAGAACGAUAUCUGUACCCUUAUCUGAUGGAACAUAUGAAGAAAAUAAGGCAUUCGCAGAAGAGCUUUACAAGCUCAUCGGGGACCUCGGAAGCCGUCAAUAUCACCCGUACCAUAUGGACUUCCAGAAGCUCAAGGAGGAGUUUGAUUACUGGCCCCUCACACAGUCAUUCGGCCGUUUUGCACUCAUUUUGGCAGAAUCGCAGGAGUACGAUAUUGCUUCCACAGAACAGCCAACACUCAAGGAUUAUCUCUGUUGGGAGAUCAUUGGUCAUGUACUCACUAAGGCAAAGGAUCCAAAGGAUGAAAAUGUUGUUGAAGAUGUCAGACUGCUGAUGCGAAAGUGGGAAACCUGUGAGGAUGAAGCAAUGAGGACAAUGGGGAUGAAGUUCAAAGGAGUGCUGAAGGAUGCCGAUAAGACAUGGUAUAAAUGA